AUGUCUGAUUGGGAAUCUCAUACUGUUAUUGGUCAAAAGGCUAGAGCUGGUGGUUCUGGUCCAAGAGCCAACGUCGCUAGAACACAAGGGCAGAUCAAUGCUGCCAGAAGACAAGGCCUUGUCCUUUCUGUGGAUAAGAAGUACGGUACUGCCAACACCAAGGGUGACGCCGAAGGCCAGAGGUUGACCAAGGUUGACCGUGAGACCGACAUUGUCAAGCCAAAGAAGCUGGAUGCCAAUGUUGGUAAGACCAUUGCCCGUGUUAGAACCGAAAAGAAGAUGUCUCAAAAGGACCUGGCCACCAAGAUCAACGAGAAGCCAACAGUUAUUAACGACUACGAGGCCGGCAGAGCCAUCCCUAACCAACAAGUGCUCGGUAAGAUGGAAAGAGCUCUCGGUGUCAAGCUGAGAGGUAAAGCCAUUGGUGAGCCUCUAGGUGGCCCAAAGAAGAAAUAA